AUGGUUGAAAGAAAUAAUCGACACUUAUUAAAAGUAGCUAGAAUAAUUUUAUUCCAAAAUGGGGUACCAAAAACCUUUUCGGGAGAAGCAAUCUUAACUGCCACCCAUCUCAUCAAUCAGUUACCAACAAGAGUCUUACAAUUUGAAAGUCCACUAGAUAUUCUCUCAUCUUGUUACCCACAUAUUAAAUUAAGGAUAAAUUUAAUUCUGAAGCCUUUUGGAUGUGUAGCAUAUGUUCACAAUCAAGAUCAAGCUAAAGGAAAUAUUGACCCUAGAGCAUUGAAAUGUAUUUUUGUUGGAUAUUCAAACACUAAGAAAAGAUAUAAAUGA